CUUCGGUGCCUGGUGCUGGUACGGGUUGUGGAUAAACUUCGCAACUUUUAAAGGGGCAAAGGCGGCAGGCGCAGGCAGGCACCGAACCCAUUUGGGGACCUUCCAAUAUCUGCAAAGAAAUUGCACCAAAGGAGAGUCAGAGCCGUAUCUGAUAUCUAUCCUUUUCCUAUUAAUUUAUGCAACAGCUAGCCAGCUGUUUCCAACUUUGCUCUAAUUCACCCAGUCUGAAACGGCAAGAAACCUUCCAAAAUCACCUCUCUUAUUCACUUCCUUUUUGUCCAUUCCCUCUUCACAUAGUCCUAUAUAUUCCUUCCAUGCAUGCACAGUUGAGACACCAGAAAUCUUCACUUUUAAAAGAAACAAAAAUGGGAUCUCUUUCUUUAAUAGUUUUGCUUGGAUCUUUAAUGGUUGUUUCUGCCGGGAAUUUUAACCGGGAUUUUGAAAUCACAUGGGGAGAUGGUCGUGGUAAAAUACUCAACAACGAUGAGCUUCUUACUCUGUCCCUGGACUAUUAUUCUGGCUCAGGAUUUCAGUCCAGGAAUGAGUAUUUAUUCGGCAAGAUUGAUAUGCAGAUCAAGCUUGUCGUUGGAAAUUCUGCUGGCACUGUCACUGCUUACUAUUUACGCUCAAAAGGAGCAGCAUGGGAUGAAAUAGACUUUGAAUUCUUAGGAAACCUGAGCGGUGAACCUUACACUGUUCACACCAACGUUUAUAGCCAAGGCAAAGGUGACAGAGAGCAACAGUUUCACCUCUGGUUCGAUCCCACUCACGAUUUUCACACCUAUUCCGUCCUCUGGAAUCCCCGACGCAUCAUUUUCUCUGUCGACGGCACUCCAAUUAGAGAGUUCAAAAACCUGGAGAGCAUUGGCGUUCCGUUUCUGAAAAACCAACCGAUGAGGAUACAGUCGAGUCUCUGGAACGCGGACGACUGGGCUACAAGAGGCGGACUUAUCAAGACAGACUGGAGCCAGGCUCCUUUCACGGCCUCUUACAGGAACUUCAAUGCGGAGGCUUGUGUUUGGUCCUACGGAAAAUCUUCUUGCAGUUCAAGCUCGCCUCCUAGAAGUAAUUGGUUCACUCAAGCGUUGGAUUCCGCCGGCCACCAAAAACUCAAAUGGGUUCAAAACAACCACAUGAUUUACAAUUACUGCGCUGACACAAAGCGAUUCCCCCAGGGCCUUCCCAAAGAAUGCUCAGUUAAUUAACGUUUUAAACUAUUCGAUACAUAAAGUUUUAUAAGAAACUACAGCUGCUUUUGUUUUACUGCAGGAUGUUUUAUACCAAAUAUGUUUAAUAUUUCUAGAAAAAAUAUUUAGUUAAAUAGCUAUCUAAUUUGUUGUGUUAAUUGAGUUCU